AUGCAAUGCACUGCUGCUUCGAAGGACAAGGCUACUGCGGAUGGUUGGCAGGAGGAGCCAGCCGACAAGGCUGCUGAGGAUGCUGGGCAUGAGAAGGCAGUGGAGACCAGCGGGCCAAGAUUCCGGAAGAUUGGCAAAGGCCCGGGUGUCGCCGCCAUCGUCGAGUCCCUGCCUGAGCUGGGAGAAACCAAAGUGGCACAUGCCACGGCGCAAAAGCUUCUGGCAGCACAGAAGAGGGAGGUCGCCAAGAACUUGAAAGGCCAGAAGAAGGAGGAUCCGGGAGAAAAGGAAAAGAAAGGGCCCAAGACGAACUGGGCACGCCGCAAGAACAGCUUCUUCGAGAAGACCAAGAAAGCGGCAAACAAGAAGAUGCAGCAGAAAGAGCUGGAAGCCUGCUGGAAGGCGAGCCAGGCUCGAGCUGAUGUGCUUGCGACGCUGACCAAGACCGAGAUCAAACGCCGCCGCUAUGACUAA